UUAAUGUAUCGUUCAGUAGAGCCGUUCAAGAUCGCUUGCAAAUUAAUGUUAUGAUACAGAUAGAUAAAAAAAAAACUAUUAACUAUUAUCGUUGAGUUACGUGCAUCCAAUUUAAUUCUCAACCCUUAAGUUAUUUGCAAUUCACUUGCAAAUUUUGUAUUUGUUGCAUUAUUUUUAAAAUAGUAUUUAUAUUUGAGAAUGGUUGGUAGAAGGUACUUACAGUAUUAAAAGUUAACUUCUCGAAAGGAAUUUAUAACGAAACGGCGCAGGCCGGGCGUUGAUAAGCAAGUUAGCUGUACACUGUGAGUUAAUUGUGUCAUAUACCGCACCCAUUUGAAAUGGAUAAACGAAAACUUUCAACAAGUGGAGAUUCUCUUUAUGUUACUUUGAACUUAGGAAAAACUGCUGAAACUGAAGAAAUUAAACGAACAUAUCGUAAGCUAGCUCUUAAAUACCAUCCAGAUAAAAAUACUGGCAAUCCUGAAGCUGAAGAAAAGUUUAAAGAAAUAAACAAAGCAUACAGAAUAUUAACUGAUGCCAGCAAACGCAAUAUUUAUGAUAAUUAUGGAUCUCUAGGCUUGUAUAUUGCAGAACAAUUUGGAGAAGAAAAUGUCAAUGCUUAUUUCUUUGUUACAUCAAAAUGGUGCAAGGCACUUAUCAUAGGAUCCUGCAUAGCAACUGGUUGUUGUUGUUGCUUCUGCUGUUGCUGUUGUUGUAAUUUUUGCUUUGGAAAAUUCAAACCAAAUGUAUCAGAAGAACAGCAAGCCAAUUACACAAAUUUACAUAAUGGUGGAGCUGCUUCAAAUGAAAAUACAAUAAAAAAGGAAGACAGCGAAGAUGAUAUUAUUGUAAAUCAACCAUCCUCAACAAAUGGUACUGGGUCAUCAGAUAAAAUGGGAAGUACAGUAAUAGCUAUGCCUCCUCCAUCAACAGUCAAUGAAACUACUGCAUUAAAUCCUGAUGGUACACCUACAAAAUAUUCAACUAGUAAAUGAAAUUAUUGUUAAAAAUUGAUUUAUAAAAGCCUCAGACACAUGCUUAAGUGUUUAAAUUUACACUUGAAAUUUACCAGAACGUCUUAUCAUUAUGCAAAUCACAACAUACAUUUUUUUUUUUUUUUAGCUAGUUCACCCAAAAUUGGAAUGCCUUUUUAGUAGCACCCUUUUGAGAUACAUAAUAUUUUAGUUUAUAAAUUCUUUGAAUAAUCUAACAUCACAAUAUUACAUUGAUUGUAAUAAAUUAACUGGCAGUUCUCAAGACUCAGCUCUUUAAUCAUUCUCUAAAUUUGAUUAAAUGACGAGAACGCUUAAUAAUAAUUAACCUACAAAAAUAUUAUAA